AGCGGGUGUCGCGAAGCCGCCGCUGCCGUAAAGCGUGGGCGGAGCCGCAAAGCGUCCCCGGCGGAGGGAGGCGGCGCAGUAAGAUGGCGGCUGGGCAGCAGCCCGGGGAAGGAGGAUCUCGGCCUGAGCGGGCCCGGGGCCGCUGGGAGUAGGUCUUUCAGCAAAUCUACAGAGCCAGUUUCCCAGGUGCUGCUGGGUCUGUGUGGUGGAUAGAAGUAGGAAAGGUUCACCCUGAACAAAGAUGUCGGAAAAGGGGAGUAGCACCGAUGGAAAAACAGAUAUAGCCAAUGGGAGCUUAUCCAGCAGCCCUGAAGAAAUGUCUGGAGCAGAGGAGGGACGAGAGACCUCCUCAGGCAUAGAAGUAGAGGCCUCUGACCUCAGCCUGAGCCUCACUGGGGAUGACGUAGGGCCCAACCGCACCAGCACAGAGAGCCGGGACACAGACACGGAGAGCUCGGGAGAGGAAAAGGACUCGGACAGCAUGGAUGACACGGGCCACUACUCGAUCAAUGAGGAGAACCAGGCCCAUGACCGGUCCCACUCAGACGAGGAGGAGGAAGAAGAGGAGGAGGAGGAGCAGCGGUCCCGGCGACGUGCCCAGCGCAAACGUGCCAACCACGAUCAAGACUCCUCGGAUGAUGAGCGGGCGCUGGAGGACUGGGUGUCCUCGGAGACGACUGCUCUUCCUCGGCCCCGCUGGCAGGCUCUGCGUGCCCUCCGGGAGAGGGAGCUGGGCUCCAGCUCACGCUUUGUCUACGAGGCCUGCGGGGCCAGGGUCUUUGUGCAACGUUUCCACCUCCAGCACGGCCUCGAGGGGCACGGUGGCUGUGUCAAUACCUUGCACUUUAACCAGCGUGGCACGUGGCUGGCCAGUGGCAGCGACGACCUUAAGGUGGUGGUUUGGGACUGGGUCAGGAGACAGCCGGUGCUGGAGUUUGAGAGUGGCCACAAGAGCAACGUCUUCCAGGCUAAGUUCCUCCCCAACAGCGGCGACUCGACUCUAGCCAUGUGCGCUCGGGAUGGCCAGGUCCGGGUAGCCGAACUCUCUGCCACCCAGUGCUGCAGAAACACCAAGCGCGUGGCACAGCACAAGGGAGCCUCACAUAAGCUGGCCCUAGAGCCGGAUUCUCCAUGCACUUUCUUAUCAGCUGGCGAAGAUGCUGUGGUCUUCACCAUUGACCUGAGACAAGACCGCCCUGCUUCGAAACUGGUUGUGACAAAGGAGAAAGAAAAGAAAGUGGGUCUCUACACCAUUUAUGUGAAUCCCUCUAAUACGCACCAGUUUGCUGUGGGUGGCAGGGAUCAGUUUGUCAGGAUUUAUGAUCAGCGGAAAAUAGAUGAAAAUGAAAACAAUGGCGUGCUUAAGAAGUUCUGCCCUCACCACCUGGUAAACAGCGAGUCCAAAGCUAACAUCACCUGUCUCGUGUACAGCCACGAUGGAUCAGACCUCUUGGCCAGCUACAAUGACGAAGACAUCUAUCUCUUCAACUCUUCUCACAGCGACGGGGCAGAGUAUGUCAAGAGAUACAAGGGGCAUCGCAAUAAUGCCACAGUGAAGGGUGUUAAUUUCUACGGCCCGAAGAGCGAGUUCGUGGUGAGUGGCAGUGACUGUGGACACAUCUUCCUGUGGGAGAAGUCAUCCUGCCAGAUUGUGCAGUUCAUGGAGGGCGAUAAAGGAGGAGUGGUAAACUGCCUGGAGCCUCACCCUCACCUUCCUGUCCUGGCCACCAGCGGGCUGGAUCACGAUGUCAAGAUCUGGGCACCGACCGCGGAGGCGCCCACUGAGCUCGCCGGACUGAAGGAGGUGAUCAAGAAGAACAAGCGGGAGCGAGACGAGGACAGUUUGCACCACACUGACCUGUUUGACAGCCACAUGCUGUGGUUCCUCAUGCACCAUCUCCGACAGAGACGUCAUCACAGGCGCCGAAGAGAACCCGGAGCAACCGAUGGUGACUCGGACGAGUCCCCCAGCUCCUCUGACACCUCGGACGACGAAGAGGAGGGGCCAGAUCGGGUGCAGUGCAUGCCUUCGUGAGGCCACCGUGGCCGGAGAAGCCCUUGGAAGGGUGGGGUGAAGGGAGGAGACAAAAAAAAAAAUCUCUACUAACAAACACUUUCAGCUUUUUAUUGGAAUGUUAAGGAACCCCCAACUCCUCCUCCCCCCGUGGGCCCUGGGGCGACCAGCUCAGCAAGAUGCACUUUUGGACUCGUCUUUGCUUUAGGGGCUUCAGGAGCCCUUGCCAGGAAGGGGAGGGGGCAGAGUGUCAGAGAGAGAGAGACGGAGCAUUAGCCCCUGGUCUCCCCGUGUGGAUCUGCCUGGAGGAAGGAAGGGGGCCUGUGGAGAGGCCUGUGUUCUUUUGGUACUAGAAGAUGUUUCCGGAGGAGGGCGCGCUUGGCUGCCAUGCAUGCCUCUUCCCAAGAGCUUCUCUCCAGCCUGCGUUGAGUUGUUGUUUUUUUUUGUUUUGUUUGUUUUUUCCCCCUUCCUCUCCUGGAUCUGUUGGCGUGGGCCCGAGAGGCGUUCUGCAAGCUUG